AUGUCUUCUCCUUCCAGAAGGCUGCAGACCAAGCCUGUGAUAACAUGUCUUAAGACAUUUCUUAUUUCUUACAGUCUUAUAUUUUGGUUAACAGGGGUCAUCCUGCUGGCGGUUGGCGUGUGGGGCAAGGUGAGAAUGGAGUCCUUCUUCUCUCUGGCCUCAGACAAAAGCACCAAUGCGCCCUAUGUGCUCAUCGGCACUGGUGCCAUCAUCGUCAUCUUUGGCCUGUUUGGCUGCUUGGCUACAUGUCGCGGGAGCCCCUGGAUGCUUAAGCUGUAUGCCAUGUUCCUGAUCCUGGUGUUCUUAGCCGAGCUGGUGGCAGGCAUCUCUGGCUUCGUCUUUAGACAUGAGAUAAAGGAUAUAUUACAUGUAUCCUUUAAAAGUGCUAUGGAUAAAUACGAUGGUACCAGCUCCCAGAGUCACACAUUGGACACCAUCCAGACAUCUCUGGAAUGCUGUGGAUCUGUAAACUACACGGACUGGGAGAACACGGGAUACUUCAAAAGCAAAGGGAUUCCUAAAAGCUGCUGCAAGGAGAGCGACGUUUGCCCCCUCGACGACCUUAAAAACCCAGACAAAGCUGCCAAGGUGGUUUUCCCUGAGGGCUGUUUUUCUAAGGUAUCUAAUAAAAUGGAGUCCAACCUUGGAAUCAUUGCAGGGAUCUCCUUUGGAAUAGCCUUCUUCCAGCUCAUAGGAGUCUUCCUGGCCUGCUGUUUGUCCCGGUACAUCACAAACAACCAGUAUGAGAUGGUCUAG